GUAGGUUAUUUACAGAUUACAAGACAGAUUCGCAAUUGUGUAUCAGUCGGGGUUCAGUUACAGCAAACUUUAGAAAGAGCUCUUGGCAGCCUUAGCAGAAUGGGCUUGAGUACCCAGUGCCCUGUUCAUAAUCAAUGGAAGGGCCCGGGGAGGCAGGCUCGCAGAGGAGCCCCAGCACCAACUUCCAGACAUCACCACAGAACAGGCCCCAGACCCAGGAGGAAGUGAAGAACCGGAAGGCCGCCACAGCCACACAGCUUCUUGUGACCAUAGUGCGGGUGACUGGACCCUGGGAUGCCACCACCUCCACAAAGAGCAAUUUGCCCACCACCAUGCUUGCCAGCAGAAAUGAGCCAAGCAGCAAGAACUGGCCUUGUCACUUCCACCUUCCAGGUCUCUCCUAAAUGCAUCCGGUCGGCGGAGUCCUUGUCAUCCGGAGCUGCAAGAGAACCUGGGCGUCUUAGUCAGCUCAGGCUGCCAUCACAAAAUACCACGGCCCGGGGGGCUUGAGCCACAGAAAUUCAUUGUCUCGCCGUCCUGGAGGCUGGAAGUCCAAGAUGAAGGUGCUGGCAGGGUUGCUUUCUCCUGAGGCCUCGCUCCCUGGCUUGCAGGUGGCCGUCUUCUUCCUGUCUUCACAUGGUCUCCCCUCUGUACUCGUCUGUGUCAAAAUUCCCCCUUCUUAUCGGAUUAGGACACCCCCUAAGGAGUUCAUUUUAACUAAAUUAGGCCCUAUCUCCAAAUCCAGCCCAUCCUGAGUUACUGGGGGUCAGGACUUCAGCAUAUGAAUGUGAGGGGACACAAUUUAGCUGAUACCACCAGGAGAUGUACUUUUUACUUUCCACCCCUGCAGCUCAGCAAGGCACCCCAGGAGGAGGAGGACAGAGCAACUGCCCAGCGCCAACCGUCAGGGACCGCAUAGUGUUUAGAGCCUUUUGCUUGGGAUGUGAUCAGAGGACCCAGGUGCUCAGCGCUCAGCAAGUCUUCUUUCCUUGUAUUACAUGCACAUGCUCAUUUUAUCUGACGCCUUAAGAGUCCUUGGAGAUACAAAAGUGUUAUUAUCCCCGUUUUUCCCAUGAGAAAAUUGAGGCUUAGAUCUGUUACAAGUCCUGCCCAGGGCCCUCGAGCUAGGAAGUGGCAGGGCAGGAGUGAGCCCAAGUCCCUUGCUCUGAUCCUGAGUCUGUCCCGGGAACUAAAAACCUCCAAGGCACAGCGCCCUGCAGGGGGGGCCAGUGAAUGUCCAGUGAGCAGCCAUUACUGAGAUCCAGCUCAGUUCUAUAGGAUUUUCUGAUUUUUCCAGAAACCUUUCCUUCUUUUAAAGUGAAAUCUCUCCAUUUUUCAAAUGUUGACAAUAAAUUUAAGGUUAAAACACACACACACGCUACUGAGUUAACCCUGUGUGGGGUCCAACCAAACCUGCCUGCAGCCUGGACCUAGCCUGCGGGCUCGGAGGGAAAAUCAGAAGUGUUCAUGAGGACAGAAGGACUUCUUUGGGGCCUAACUCUGUCCUCCUUGCGCUCCGUCUCAGGCCCAUUAGAAGGACGUUGCUGCACGGUCACAUUUCCUUGAAAUUCUUCUUUUGCCGUCUGAACUUUUCUCAUUUCCCACCAAAUACGUGGGUUUGCUCCUGUUAAGGAGCCCAGGGGCCCACGUUUAUUAAGCAUUGUAUUUGCAGGGCGCAUCAUUGACAGGUGCCCACGUGCCCUCCCCACAACCCUGUGAGAUGGACAUUGCCGUCCCCCUUUAGCAGAAUAGGGACAGACAGGGAGCAGGGGUAAGACUGAGAGUUGAAGGCAAGAUCAGAGGAUAAGUGGACGCCUGUUGUCCUUUGUUUAGCGUGCUCUUGCCCUUUUAUUACAGGCACGGGGGUGUGCUGCUCAUGAACGCUGGCCUCCCUCCAGGGGUUCAGUUACUGGCCAGGCCGUGAUGACUUGUGAUUCAGAUCCUGGGGCUCCCUGGGGCCUCCCUCCCAGAGUGUGCUCUGUGACACACUUUCCAUCCCCACCCUCCUCUUCCUGCUUCAGGCCCCUCCAGACAAAGAUUAAAAUGUUCAUAUUUCCCUAAUGGGUCAUCUUGUUCCUAGGAAUUUCUAGGAAUGUGAGAAUUCCGAUGAACAGCAGCAUUAAAACCAGUGCAGAUUGUUUGAAUAGCUAAAUACUGCAGACAUUGAUUCUGAUCUGUUAGCCACAGUAAAAAUGAAAACCGCAGAAGCGACAGCCAGAGUUUUACCAAACUGGGGCUCUGCACAGGCCUGGGCCCUUCUGGGUGGCACAGAGCACUGGUGGCUCCAGAUCUCCAGGUGCUGACCUCAGUCCUUGCCUGGUAGCAGCAGCAAGAACAUUCUUGCUUAGCUUUUCGGUGUGAGAGGGGAGGCCUUUCCUCCGGGGCACUAGGCAGACAGACAGAUGCCUUCUGGACAAGAAGGAGUGUUGCACAAACAUGAAGCAAUCAGUAAGCCCACAGCUCCAGGUUAUGGAGUGUCAAGGUCACCCUUGAUUAAGAACCACACUCAGGACUGAUGCCCUGAGUGUUUGUGAAUGCAAUUGCUUGGAAUUGCAGCCUUUCCUUAGUACAGUGGGAAGUGUGGCUUGUCGGAUGAGGGUGAACUUGGAACAGUUUUUCUAACUUCAGUUGCCUCCUCUGUAAAACGAGGAUGAAAUGGUACCGUACCUUUCAGGAUGGAUAGUGAGGCUUCACAGACUGAUGCAUGUGAAAGUGACGUGUGCACCCUGAGGGUCCAUACAAGUAUCAGGUGCUGUUUGCGUUGGAAGCUAUUCUUGAAGUAAGAAUAAAGCAAGCUUUUUAUCCACCUAGUAGCACAAACAAACAGCCAGACGUCCUUGCCAUUGAGGGAAGACCAAAGAAAAAGCCUCUGAAGGCGCAGAGAUGUUGGGAAAGGUUUGUUUCCCAGCCUCUGGUCUGGUUCUGCCCCAGCCCAGCUGUUGAGAAGAUGCAGAAGCUGCCAGUUGGGAGGAAAUCCUAGCUAGAUCUCCAGCUCCUAUAAGCACCUCCUCCCAGCCCCUCAAGAAUCAGACAGCUCUGGCCCUCCUCAUGCCACAACUCAGCAGACUGACUUCCUGGAAGAGGCUCCCUAAAUUGCAAGAAUAUAAUUUUGAUCUGAUGUCUCCACAGGAAGAAUGUUAUAAUGAGAUUAUAUUCAUUUCCAGUGGCUGAGUGUACAGCUUUUUCUAGGAAUGACCACAAAUACCCCCUUUAGUUGACUUGCCAAAGCUCUUCCUAUACAAUAUUCAGCAGACAGUUGUUUGUUUGUGUCGAAUAGUCUGUGAAGCCGUGACAAUCACCCAUCUCCUAAACUUUGUUAACUGCUUUUCUGGGUGGGCUUGUCCAUACACCAGCAGAGGGAAGCCGACUUUGAGAAGAGAAAUUGCAACUGAGUUGGGAGCCGAGAGAGGUUGGCAGGGCAGGAGGAGGGGCUGACGCUCCACCUGAAGCAGAAGAGAGGGGUCCCCAGAGGAAGGGAGCAGUCUGAGUGACAGCAGAGAAGGCCCUCUGGGAAAGAGCAGGUCAGCACGAGGAGAGCGGCAAGGAGCCCUGAGCCGAUUUCAGGUAAAAACAGUAAUCAAAGAUGUCGAGCAAAACAGCAAGCACCAACAACAUCGCCCAGGCAAGGAGGACCGUGCAGCAGCUGAGGCUAGAGGCCUCCAUUGAGAGAAUAAAGGUUUCGAAGGCGUCCGCGGACCUCAUGUCCUACUGUGAGGAGCACGCCAGGAGUGACCCGUUACUGAUAGGGAUCCCCACUUCAGAAAACCCCUUCAAGGAUAAAAAGACUUGCGUCAUCUUAUAGAGGAAGCGUGAAGCCGCUCCUCACCUCCUCUCCACAAAGCGGGUCAGGAGCAGCUCCUUCACGAGCUUUGCCUGCAGCUUAUUCGGGAACCACUGCUAAUAACUAAAAUGCUCUUAACUUGGAAUCACGGACUCUGAAGUCUUUAUUUUCCAAGUUACUCUUUCUCUAAAAUCCCCUUUACUGAUUUCAUCCAGAAUAACAAUCUUAUUUUCCAUUUGGUAACUAUGGUGUCAUAUUGGGCUGCUGCUUAAGGAAAGUCAGUCUGGGACUUUUAAAAAAACACAAUUAUAUACUUUUAAAUAUGAAUGAUCCAGUUCUGUCAAAACCUAAAUUACCUAAGCACCUGUCUAGAUUAAAAUGCCAAGAAUAACUUCAGUCCUGAAAGCUUUAUGUCACAGUAUAUUCUUAAUAGGGUUGUGCCAACCUGUACAGUAUACAGGUGUGAGGUGUGUUUUGUGUGUAUAUAUAUAUAUAUGUUGUUGUAUAUACACAUAUCAAAGCUUAAUUUCCUGUUAAAAUUUCCCUGUCUCCACACCAUCAGUUCCUCAACUCCAGAACUUAGACCUGUAUCUUGAGCUAUGUGUCGAUAGAAUAAAAAUCCUUUUCAUAUAGUUAUUGUACAAAAUGUAAAGGACAUCCUCGAGAUUGUAUUCAUUGUAAUCAAGUAGCGAAGUCCUCUCUCCUCUCUUGAAAUCUUGCUGACCUCUUAGGCUACAACAAACUGUGUCAAUUAAAGUUUAAAAACUGAACUGAAAGCCCUUCUAUAAUAUGAGGUAUGAAUUCACAAGGAGCCUUUUGGGCUUCAGGGAUCCUGAAUUGAGGAAAGGGGAGGAGACCCUUGGGGAGCCCCCCAGCAGCUGUGCCCCAAGGCUCAUGUUCUUUGCUGGAUGAGGGGUGGACGCCUCUGAACCUUCUACCCUAAGGACGGGAAUGAGACAGGCAGAGUGCCCGUGAGCCCAGCCGAGAGGAAAGCGGGUGUGUCUGAAAACCAGCUGCCCUUCUUGGCUGAACUUGGUGAUUUCGCGCUCUCUCUCUGUCUCCCUGCCUCCCCUUGAUCUUUCCUCUGCUGGUAGAACAUCUGUUUUCAGAGGGGAUGUUCACCUCCCCAGCCCCAAGUGAGUGCAACAAGGUUGGAAAGAAACAUCAAAAAAAUAACGGUAUCAAGACAUGGAAGCCCUUUUCCAAUGUGUGCAGUGUCAUCCUUACCUUGUCCACAGACGGUCCAGCAGAGGCCCCCCAAAAGAGGCUUCCACUCACGGCUGCAUACGUGGGCCCCAGGGCUCCAGCAGCUGGGCAGUGGGCUCCUAGGCUUUCCUCUGGGCCUGAAUAUAUCCCUCACAUCCUCAGAAUUUCCAGUGGGGAAAAGGAAUCUCCUAUUCCCAGAGGGCGUUUUAACUUUAUCAAAGAGCAGGAGAGGGUCUGAAGGCCCCAACCCGCACAUUAGGGCCUUUGAUAUUUUAACUGGUCUUCAGUUCAUUAAGAGUAACUCUAAUGAAGGAUUAAAAACUAUUCUCAAAAAAGAUUCAACCCCAAGAAGGAGUUAUUUACAACAGUUUUCCCUGGUUCUUUACAUUCUUGCCCUGCAAUGCAAGCCCCUUUUAAAAAUCUAAUAUCGUGCUAGUUGUGGGUGAACAAAUGCAGUCCUAUUUUUAAACUGCUCAAAUGCCAUCAGUAUUUCUCCAGGCCUCCUAUCUAUUCAGCCUGCUGAGCUGCCCUCACUUGUCCAAGACCUUGUGAAAAUCAGGCCACUGCCCUCAGCCUCUGGUCAUCGAGCGCUUGGUCCUGCGAUGUGCCCAGUUCCCAGGUCAAUUACGGGCACCUGUUCAGGAGAGAGAACGCUUUGACCUUUCAAAAGGUGGAAUUUGAAAUAUACACUAAAAAGACAACUUUACAUUUAAGGCUUCACUUAGACAUUUUUUAAUAAGUAUAUUUUUCUACUGAUAGUCUCCGAACAUUAAUCUUAUUUUCACUCUGAUUUUUAACAUGUUUCUUUAAAUAUUUAUAAUGCAGCUUGUAACGAAAUAUUUUCAUGAAAUUAAUUAUACUGUUAUGUGCACAUUUUUGGUAGCAAGCAUAGUUUAUUCUUUAGCUAAAAUGUGUUCUUUUACCUAACAGAAAACAAAUGUGUUUUGCUAUAUACUUGUUAAUAUGCUUGGAGUCGUAAGGAAUGGUCUUGAGCUCCCAGGAGAUUGAUUUCCUCUUAUUUUUGCUGGCCGGGUCUUACAGAGGCCAUGAGUAUGAAUGUCAUGUGACUUCCUAACCAAGUGUAGGGCCUGUUCAAGAAAAGUGAAAUCCCAUUCUUUGAUGCUGGACCCAGGGGGGAAAAAUUGUAGCUAAAUGUUGGUUUACUCAUAGCUAGAGAGCUAUGUGAGAAAAUAUAUGUAUACAUAUAUAUGAUAUGCAGGAGGCACUUUUAUUUAUCAGGUUUUAUUCCACUUGUGAAGCCACAGUUUAACUGCUCUGCAACAGCUGGUUUGUGAUAAUGAUGGACAAAUGCCCACUGUGUAUUUUUUCCAACUACCACUAUAAGGACACAGUUAAUCACAUGUACACAUGCCGCUUCUUGGCUCCAUCUCCAUGAAGCUCUCUGAAUACGUUCCCUGUGUUUUGUCUUUCAUGCUGCUUCUGUUAGCAGUGCCCUCUCUCCUUUUCCAUUCUUAUGUUUUCAUUAGUUUAUCACCAGUCUGUCUAAUUGAGGCCUCAGGAGCAUGGCAAGAUAUGCUAGGCAAAAUUUCAUGACUCCAAAGUAUUUUUACAGAAACGUUUUUUUACUAGAGAAAACACUUUAUAUACCAAGUGGUUCACAAGCUAUAGGUUAUAGCUGCUUUUUUUUUGGUAAAAAGAAUCAGGUUUUUACAUUUCCUUAUAAAAAUAAAAAGUGCCAUAUUUAUCUUUUAAAUGAAAGGCCUGAUUUGCUUUCUCUCCAUUUGAACUAUUUUUGUACUUUACUAAUCUUUAAACUAGCAUAAAAAAAAAAUUAUACCAAUGAUUCAGUAAUCUGGAGGCAUCGAUUGGUUUGGGUAGUAGAGAGUGUGCCAGACUUUCUCUUUCGAUGCCUUCUGCUCAACCAAUUUGCAACGACGAUUGUCAUCUGAGCGAUUACUAUGAAUUUUGAUUUAAGAUCUAUAUAUGCCCAAGAAGUGAAUUACAGUACGUCAGUCCUUUCUCAAUAAAAUAAAUAUAAUGCCAGAGUGUUAUGAAUUGUCUUGAUUUCUUUUACGGUAGAUCUAUCUAUAGGAAAAAAAUAGAUUGAAUCAGAUACAAAUUUAUGUAUAUAUUAAAAUAGAGCACUUACCUAAAAUUGAGUGUUCUGGAUCUCAGCUUUGGAUCGUUUCUAGCCGAUCCCGUGUCCCUGUGCCAUGUGACUUUGGCCAAGGCAUUUCAUCUCUCUGGGGCUCCAUUUCACCAUGUAAAACUAGGGGCUUGAAGUAGAUGAUGGCCAAGACGGCGUCGUGCUCUCCGACGCCUCGGUCCCCUGGCCAGCUCCUCUCCUGGUCCUGCCCACAUGUUGGUGCUAUAAGCUGCUUCACAGAUAAAAUCAGUUUGUCUGUCGUGCUUGCUCAUUUAAUAGCUUAUGAAAGGCCUUUUCAUUAUACAGCUUUUUUUUUCUAGUUUUAUGGACUUGAUUACUGUAGUAAUGUCUUAUUUUUAGCCAUGUAACUAUAAACAUAUUCUCGUGAUGUCUCAGUAAAUUUGCAUUUGAUAUAUAGUUGAUGGGAUUUUGUUAGUUUAUAACAUUCUUUGGCAACUCAUCUGUCCAGCAUCUUAUUAACCUAAACAUUGUGAUCAUUGUUUGGAAAUCUGUCCUAUGGGAAGAAUAAAAGCAUUUCCUUCACAGCUAACCUGUUCACAGAUUUGAGAGAAGUUUCAUUAAAGCACCAUUGCUCUGUU